AUGACCACAGACAUCAAUAUCGAGAAGGGUGAAAAGAAUGAGGGAUGCCAUUCUGAGACGGAGCAUCCACUUACUCAAGGAGAGUUAUUGCACCAGCAUGGUGAACUGAAUAGAGGGUUAAAGUCUCGCCACAUUCAGUUCAUCGCCAUCGGAGGCUCCAUUGGCACGGGGCUAUUUCUUGGUAUCGGCAGUGCGUUGACAAAGGCCGGCCCGCUCUCGCUCCUUCUUGGCUACACCAUAACCGGAGUCUUCAUCUUUGUCAUGAUGAUGAGCCUUGGUGAAAUGGCGACUUGGCUCCCUUUGCCUGGAGCCCUUCCCCAGUUCUGUGCCAGGUACGUUGAUAGAGCCUUGGGAUUCGCGGUUGGUUGGAAUGUAUGGUACUCAGCAGCGAUCACCCUCUGUGCAGAAUUAUCAGCUGCUUCCCUCAUAAUCGGAUACUGGAAAGGGGCUGAGGGCGUCAACGUGGCUGUUUGGAUUACUAUCAUCCUCGUUGUCGUGGUACUACUCAAUAUCUUCGCCGUCUCUAUUUAUGGCGAGGCAGAGUUCUGUUUCGCCUCGAUCAAGGUCAUCACAAUUGUGGGCCUUCUAAUCAUGACGUUCAUCGUUAUGCUUGGAGGUAACCCCCAGAGUCGCCGGCUAGGCUUCACAUACUGGAAGAAUCCAGGGCCGAUGAAGGAAUAUCUUUCUGAGGGUGAUCUUGGUCGCUUCUUGGGCUUUUUUACCACAUUGAUUAACGCUGCCUUUUCCUUUGGUGGCGUGGAAAUGGUUGCUGUUGCUGCCGGUGAAGCUGAGAACCCUCGCAAGAACAUCCCUAAAGCUGUCCGUCGCAUCUUCUGGCGCAUUAUCUUCUUCUACGUUCUUGGUGCCCUUGCAGUGGGUAUUUUAGUUGCUUCCAACGAUCUUCGCCUAUUAUCAGCCCAGGCAAGCGGUACUUCUAAUGCCGCAGCCUCACCAUGGGUGAUCGGAGUCCAGAACGUCGGCAUCUCAGUCCUUCCGUCUAUCAUUAAUGCUGUUAUCCUUUCGUCGGCUUCAUCAUCUGCCAAUGCCUUUAUUUACACCUUCUUCCUCAAGUGCAACAAACAAGGAGUACCCUGGAUUGCUGUCCUGGUUACCAGCGCCAUGGGCCUUCUGACCUAUCUUUCAGUCCAAAAGGAUGGCGGUGCUGCUCAAGCAUUCCAGUGGUUUCAAAACCUCGUUACUAUUUCAUCACUGUUCACCUGGUCCUGUGUAUGCUUGGCAUACAUCCGUUUUCAUGCUGCCUUAAAGGCGCAAGGAGUUGAUCGCGACACUCUCCACCUGAAAAGCUAUUUCCAACCUUGGGCAGCUUGGGCCGCUCUCAUCUACUUCUCAAUGUUGAUCAUUUUCAACGGUUUCAGCGUGUUCAUGUCAGGAAGAUGGAACAUCAGCGACUUCUUCGCGGCGUACGUCAACUCUCUCAUCUUCGCCGUCCUUUUUAUUGCAUGGAAGUUGAUCAAGAAGACGAAAUGGAUCCCGUCAAAUGAAGCUGAUAUAACAAGUGGCAAAGACGCCAUCGAUGCACUGGAGGAGAUCUGGGAGGAUCCAAAGCCACGUAACGCUCUCGAGCGCUUCUGGUUUUGGCUAGCAUAG